UGAAAGAAAAAAGAAAUGUGGAAGCUGAAGUUUUCAGAAGGAAAUGAUGGAUGGAUUAAAAGUGUAAACAAUCACAUAGGCAGACAGUUCUGGGAAUUCAAACCAGAGCUUGGAACUCCUGAAGAAAAAGCACAAAUUGAAAGACUUCAGAAUCGCUUCACCAAAAACCGUUUUCAACAAAAACAUAGUUCUGAUCUCAUUAUGAGAUUUCAGUUUGCAAAAGAGAAUCCAAUAGAGAAGAUGGUGCUUCCUGAUCUGAUGAAAAUAAAAAGUGAAGAAGAAAUAACAGAGGAAGUGGUGAGAAAUACAUUGAGAAGAAGUCUGAGAUUCUAUUCAACUCUGCAAACUGAGGAUGGCUUCUGGCCUGGUGACUAUGGUGGCCCUCUCUUUCUUCUUCCAGCCUUGGUGAUUGGCUUAUUUGUUACGGGAGCCUUGAAUACAAUACUACAUCUGGAAUACCGAAAAGAGAUGCUUCGUUAUCUAUAUAAUCAUCAGAACAAAGAUGGGGGUUGGGGAUUACACAUAGAAGGAUGCAGCACAAUGUUUUGUACAGCGCUCUCCUAUGUGGCUUUGAGAUUACUUGGAGAGGAAAUGGACGGUGGAGAUGGCGCCGUAGAGAACGCACGAAAAUGGAUCAUUGAUCGUGGUGGAGUCACGUCCAUACCAUCUUGGGGAAAGAUGUGGCUUUCGAUACUUGGUGUAUACGAGUGGAGUGGCAAUAAUCCUCUACUUCCUGAGAUGUGGCUUCUCCCUCACUUUCUUCCCAUUCAUCCAGGACGGAUGUGGUGUCACAGUCGCAUGGUAUAUUUGCCAAUGUCAUAUUUGUAUGGCAAAAGAUUUGUGGGACCAAUUAACUCUCUUAUUGUUUCUCUUAGGAAAGAGCUUUACACUUUUCCUUAUCACUAUGUUGAUUGGGACCAUGCCAGGAAUCAAUGUGCCCAGGAGGACCUUUACUACCCUCACCCAAUGAUACAAGACAUAAUGUGGGGUUGCAUUGACAAGUUUGUGGAACCUCUUCUAAUGAAAUGGCCUUUGCGUAAGGUGAUGAGAGAAGCUGCUCUCAAGACAGUAAUGAAACACAUCCACCAUGAAGAUGAAAACACUCAAUAUAUAUGCCUUGGUCCUGUUAGUAAAAUACUCAACAUGGUGUGUUGUUGGGUGGAGGACCCUAAUUCUCAACCAUUUAAGCUUCACCUUCCAAGAAUUAAAGACUAUCUUUGGAUAGCUGAAGAUGGAAUGAAAAUGCAAGGUUACAAUGGAUCUCAAUUCUGGGAUGUUGCUUUUGCUGUUCAAGCCAUCCUUUCUACUAAUCUUGUUGAUUCAGAAUAUGUCGCUUCCUCCAUGCUUAAGAAAGCACACUAUUUCAUCAAAAACACUCAAGUCCCAGCAGACAGCUCUGGUGAUCUAAGUUCUUGGUAUCGCCACAUUUCCAAGGGAGGAUGGCCUUUCUCUACCCCAGAUAAUGGUUGGCCUGUAUCCGAUUGUACUGCUGAAGGAUUAAAGGCAGCAAUUUUAUUGUCACAAAUGUCAUAUGAUAUUGUGGGAGAAGCAAUACCAGCAACUCAAUUAUACGAAGCUGUUAAUGUUAUUUUAUCCUUACAGAACAAGAAUGGAGGUUUUGCGUCAUAUGAACUCACCAGAUCUUAUGCAUGGUUGGAGAUCAUGAAUCCGGCUGAAAUAUUUGGCGAUAUUAUGAUAGAUUAUCAGUAUGUGGAAUGCACAUCAGCAGCAAUUCAAGGUCUAAAGUCAUUCAUGAAAAAGUAUCCAGGCCAUCGGACUAAAGAAAUACAAAUAUCUAUUGCAAAGGCAGUCGAGUUCAUUGAGAGCAUACAACUAGUAGAUGGUUCAUGGUAUGGGUCGUGGGGAGUGUGCUUCAGUUAUGGAACAUGGUUUGGGAUAAAAGGGUUGGUGAGUAGUGGAAAGACAUAUGAAAGUAGCCAUUGUAUCAGAAAAGCUUGUGAGUUUUUACUAUUAAAACAACUACCUUCGGGUGGUUGGGGAGAGAGCUAUCUUUCAAGCCAAACCAAGGAAUACACAAAUCUUGAAGGAAACAAACCACAUAUAGUAAACACUGCAUGGGCAAUGUUAGCUCUCAUUGAAGCUGGCCAGGCCCAUAGAGAUCCAGCUCCAUUGCAUCGUGCAGCUAAGGUGCUAAUUAAUUCACAAAUGGAAAAUGGAGAUUUCCCACAACAGGAAAUCAUCGGAGUCUUCAACAAGAAUUGUAUGAUAAGUUAUUCAGCUUAUAGAAAUAUCUUUCCCAUAUGGGCUUUGGGAGAAUAUCGCAAUCGUGUGUUGCUGUCUUCUGAAAGAUAUUAAAUGUAGAGAUUAAAGCCAAAAUAACACUACACAUAAUGAAGGGGUAAAAAUGCAAGAUGCAAUAUAACAAGUUUAUGUUGAAACAUAUUUUAAGUGGCAACCUAAAUGCUUAUGUAAGGCUAAAUGAUAAUGCAAUGUAAUUUAUGGGUUUGUAUUUCAAUUCCUCAAUGUAACUUUUUGUUCCUAUAUUAAGCUAUGGGUAGUGGAUCUAGAAACUACUAUAUAAUGUAGGUCAAACUACUCAACCAUGUGAUAAAUAGAUUGUAUUU